GUCGAGGGCGGAUGACGUCGGUGGCCUUAAGUUACGCGGACACUGAGGAGGACAUAUGAGGGUGAUCCGCUGAGAUCUGUGGUGAUUAUGUCUCGUCUUUUCAGGCUGCAUGGCCUGUUCGUUGCCUCCCAUCCCUGGGAGGUGAUUGUGGGAACAGUUGCCAUGACGAUGUGUCUGAUGUCCAUGAAUGCUUUCACCACCAAUGACCAGAUCUGUGGCUGGAACCGUCAGUGUCCCAAAGUGCAGGAGAAAGUUUUGAAUAGUGACGGGAUCAUUCUAAUUGUCACGAGAUGUGCGGCCAUCAUUUACAUCUACAUCCAGUUCAAAAACCUCAGACAGCUCGGCUCGAAAUACAUACUGGGUAUCGCUGGUCUGUUCACUAUCUUCUCCAGCUUUGUGUUCAGUACUGUGGUGAUUCAUGUUCUGGGUAAAGAGCUGACAGGACUAAAUGAAGCUCUGCCCUUCUUCUUGUUGUUGAUCGAUCUGUCUAAAGCCUCUACGCUGGCCAAGUUUGCACUCAGCUCAAACUCACAGGAGGAGGUCAGAGAGAACAUCGCUCAUGGAAUGGCCAUUUUGGGACCCACGUUCACGCUGGACGCUGUCGUGGAGUGUCUGGUUAUAGGAGUAGGGACCGUGUCUGGUGUGCGUCAGCUGGAGAUCAUGUGCUGCUUCGGCUGCAUGUCAGUUCUGGCCAAUUACUUUGUGUUCAUGACGUUUUUCCCUGCCUGUGUGUCGCUGGUGUUGGAGUUGUCCCGUGAGAGUCGAGAGGGUCGACCCAUCUGGCAGCUCAGUCAUUUCGCUCGUGUUCUGGAGGAAGAGGAAGUGAACAAACCCAACCCAGUCACUCAGAAAGUCAAAAUGAUCAUGUCUUUGGUUUUGGUGCUGGUUCACGCUCACAGUCGUCUGGUGGCUGAAUCUCCAGCUCACAACAUGAGCGGCUCAGACGUGGUGCUCACUCAACCCAGCAUGGAGUCUGACAGGACCAUGUCCAGUGUGGAUUUGGAGCAGGUCAUCACUCUCUCUCUCGCUCUGUUGUUGGCGGCGAAGUACGUGUUUUUCGAGCAGGCUGAAGCUGAGUCUUCACUCCAGACCUCCUUGACCAAUAGGAGAGCAGGAGGGGACUGCUGUCUGAGGGAACCCGCCACGCCCAAAACUCUUAAAGGAGUCACAGAUCCAAAGUGUCCUCACAAAGAGCAGACAGAUGAGGUGAUGAGGCCUGGAGAGGGUCCGUCGUGUCUUUUUAACUCGACUGAUCGUGAUACACGCCAUGAGGAUGAAGUCAAGUCCCGAGAUCAUCUGCCUCAGCAGCGCCGCCCUGUAGACGAGUGUCUCGCCAUUUUUAAAGACCCCAGCAGGGGACCUCAAUACCUGAGCAACGAUGAGGUCAUGGCUCUGGUGGAGUGCAGAAGCAUUCUGGGAUACCGUUUGGAGGCAGUGAUGGAGAAUCCAGAGAGAGGCGUGGCCAUACGCAGGGAGAUGCUCUCCGGCAAACUGCCCAACCGGCGCGCCCUGGAAAAUCUGCCCUUCAGAGACUACGACUACUCCAAGGUGACCGGCACUAAUUGUGAGAAUGUGAUUGGCUACGUGCCUGUGCCGGUGGGUGUGGCCGGACCGCUGCUAUUGGAUGGGAAAGAAUUCCACGUCCCCUUGGCAACCACAGAAGGAUGUUUAGUGGCCAGCACUAACCGGGGAUGCCGAGCGGUCACAUUGUCCGGUGGCGUGAAGAGUCGUGUUCUGGCUGACGGUAUGACUCGUGGUCCGGUGGUGCAGCUGCCGUCAGCGUGCAGGGCGGCAGAGGUCAAAGGUUGGCUGGAGAGCUCAGAGGGGUUCAGUGCGGUCAAACAGGCCUUUGAUCAAACCAGCAGGUUUGCUCGUCUGGAAAGGCUGCAGGUCACUUUAGCAGGGAGAAACCUGUACAUCCGCUUUCAGUCUCAGACUGGAGAUGCUAUGGGCAUGAACAUGAUGUCAAAGGGCACAGAACAAGCUCUGUCUCGAACCUGUGAGAAGUAUCCCGACAUGCGUGUGUUAGCCGUCAGCGGAAACUACUGCACGGAUAAGAAACCAGCCGCUGUCAACUGGAUCCACGGCAGAGGAAAAUCCACUGUGUGUGAAGCGUUCAUUCCUGCUCGAGUGGUCAAAGAGGUUUUGAAGACCAGCACUGGUGCUCUGGUGGAGCUGAACAUUAAUAAGAAUCUGGUGGGCUCAGCGAUGGCUGGUAGCAUAGGAGGCUUUAACGCUCACGCCGCCAACAUCGUAGCUGCCAUCUACAUCGCCUGCGGACAGGACCCUGCGCAGACGGUGGGCAGCAGUAACUGUAUCACACUGAUGGAGUGUCUCGGGCCUGACGGUGAGGAUCUGUACAUCUCCUGCACUAUGCCAUCAAUAGAACUGGGAACUGUGGGAGGAGGAACAAGUCUGCCCGCACAAUGUGCCUGUUUACAGAUGUUGAACGUUGACGGUCCGAGUGCACAGUGUCCUGGAGAGAACGCAAGGACUCUGGCGCGGGUCGUCUGUGCUACAGUGCUGGCGGGAGAACUGUCUCUGAUGGCCGCACUGGCCGCUGGACACCUGGUCAAGAGUCACAUGACUCACAACAGGUCAAAGGUCAACCUUACAGAAACUGUAUUACAGCAAAAGGAAACAUCAUGAGAACCGAAGCCCUCCGAGGACCCCAGUGCACUCUGGGAAAUGGAGUCUUUGGGAGGCACGUGUGGUGUCAGCUCAUGUUAUCUUCUCAGGUUUUUUAGGAGUGUUUGAAACAUCUACAGACAACAGCAGAUCAGUCUGCUCAGCAACGGAAAGUGAAUGGAGAAGACGGAUGCUUUACGUUUGCUUUGUGCCUAAUGUUUCUACCGAUUUAGUUUGUCCAAUCCCGGCUGGUUUUACUGCACGUGGUUGGAGUUUUGCACUGAAUGCCAAAGUGAACUUUGCCUAAAACUGUUACUUGCUCAUGGUGUGAUCCUAACGUUUUAAAUGUAAUAAACCUGCCAACUUAUCUGAUGUUCAACUGAAGAGCGCAAAUGUUUUAAUAGGCUGAAGUGCUACAACUUUAAAUGAAACGGAUGACAUGUUUGGUUUUGCACAUUCUGAGGUUUGCUGUAGCCAGACAAAUGGAUGAGAUUUGGAUCUUAAAGGUAUUUUUGCACUUGCCGUUUUUAGCCUAAAUCAUGAGCUUGGAUCAGAUCUUGAUGGAUAAUUUUGCUGACAAGAACGUCUUGGAUUGUGAAUGUAUUCGUGUAUUUAAAGGUGUUUAAUUUAUCACAUGAAACUUGCUGUGACAAACAAAAGUAUUCAGUUGAAAGAAAACGGAUGUUGUAAAUGAUUUGCUUUAUUUAUUUACUGAGAGUGGGUUGAAUUAGUGAAUGUGUGUGAUGCUGGAUGUCUGUGUUGGGUUUUGUGUUGUGAAUAAUUACAAGCGCCACACUAACUACACAACAAUUCACUUGGCUGUAAAGUGCUUUGGUUUUCUUUAAAGCAAAUCUACUCUCAUUCUGCUUUCUGAUCAUAGAAAGUGCUGAUAAAGCCAUAUGUGUGUCAUCUCUUAAACAUUUGUGAUGUAAUAUCUUGCCAAAAAAGCUACGAAAUGUUUAGCUUAGGAUAUUUAAAAAAAUGAUUUUUUUGUUAGAGAACUAUUUUUAAAAACUCACCAAACCCUAAAUUAAACUGAUGUUGUGUUA